AUAUUGCUAGAUGCAGACAAACGUAGGUCUUCACACGUUUGGCCCUUGUGAGCUUGAAUGAAAUUAUACAACAAAUUCGAAGGCACAAAUUUUCCCACCAGUAGAUAAGAGGAGGGUAACGCAUAAGGGAACUGCAUAGAGUACCUGAAGCUUGUUUGAGAAAUAAACCAUGGAGCUCCAUGAUAAACAUUAUAAGCAUUUUAGUUCUUGCAUAAAGUCAGACACUUGUUACCCCCAGCCGCCAUUAUUGAAGCAGACAACUAUUUACAGCAACUUCUCGUAAUUGAGAAGUUGCAUUACAGAACCGAAAUCCAUCUCCAAGCACAUUCCUGAGCUGCAUUUUUUGCCUUACCCACUUCUUUCUCCAAAGUCCUACUACCACUCUCUCUUCCUAUCAAACGCCCUCGCCGACAAUGCGUCCGUAGCACACAACCUCUAAAUGCUUACCCGCUGUUCUCAAAUUGCUGGCGCAGAAGCCAACACCGAGACAGCAGAUUAUGUUAAGUCUAUCCUAAUCUCAAACAAGAUAAAGUCACACACGGUCUCCAAUGUGUAGCCUUGACAUACCCUGCCUCACGUUCCUUGAUACUAACCCCUGAAACAGGUCAUCCACCGAUCAUAUUCAACCUUCGCCAGGAGAUCUACGAAGGUGCUGCAAACGAGGUUAUGCCGACAUUUCAUGGGUAUGGUAAGUCAGGGACCGUGGAGGCACCUGUGACUUACGCAAACUAUGGGGGCUUAAAGGAAUUUGCAACACUGAAAGAAAUGGGGAUCAAAGUUUCAGGGACGAUCGUCUUGGCAAGAUAUGGGAAGAUUUUCAGAGGGGACAAUGUGGAUAAUCCAUAUGCAGCAGGUGCUAUAGGAACUAUCAUAUAUAUAUAUAGGAAAGACUAUGGAGGUGGAGGAAAGAAUACAAGGUGGUUUCCAGAUGCAAAAUGGAUGCCACCAACAGGAGUUCAGGUUGAUUCUGUUUACAGAGAGGCUGGCGACCCUACAACACCUGGAUGGCCGAGUACUGAAGCUUGUGAGGAUAGCUUAUGAGGAAGUAGAGAAGACAAGAGUCCUUCCAUCCAAACCAUCGCUUCCAAUAUCAGGAGCAUAUGGUGAAACGAUCAUAAAGUCGAUUGGUGGAAAGGUGGCAAGGAAGCAAAGAUGGUCCAAGCCUAUUGCUUCUCCAACCUACAGGGUUGGACCAGGGCCAGGGGUUGUAAAUCUCAGCAACAAUGUAGGUAAUAUAAUCCUAAGUUAAUUGGAUUUAAGCUCUCUAUAGAUGCUUUUACUAAAACAGUAAUUAAAGUAUGAUUUCAUUCACCACCGACUACGGCCACUGUAUGGGAUUUCAGGCUACAAAAGACUAUAGCAAAAAUACAUACUGUUAUUGGGAUAAUUGAAGGCUUGGAAGAGCCUGAUCGGUGAGAAAACUUUAGAAUCGUGCAAUUAUUCGCACAAUUUCAUUAUGCUGAUUAUAUAAAAUAGCAAACAAGGAUCAGAUAUAUAAAACUCAUUUGCUUGCAUAUUUAAAGCAUCAAACCCCUCUUUUCUAGAUUUAAAAAUAAAAGAUUAUCCAUGAAGGCGCAAACAUAAAUUUAUAGUAUUUUAACAGAUCCAAUCAGUGAAUGAACAUAAAGAGUUGGAUAUUUAGGACUUAUCUGCUUCGAAAAUCUAGAUUUGUCCUCCUAGGCAAUCAUCGGGAUGCAUGGAUAUUUGGAGCAGCGGAUCCCAAUAGUGGAACUGCAGCAUUGCUUGAGGUAGUCCUGGUCCCAAUAGAUUGUCAUAUCAAAGUACUUUGCAGGAACAAUAUUCGGAAAAUGUUGGACAUGAGUGAAAUCUCCACGUUAAAUACAGGUUGCUCAAAGGCUGGCAAAGUUGCCCAUAGUCCAACUGUUGUGCAGAUAGGAUCAACUGAAUGGGUGGAAGACAACAAGGAAGUGUUAAAAUCAAAAGCCGUUGCCCACUUAAAUGUGGAUAUCGCAGUAUGUAUGAAGGGUAUCCUGCUUCAGCAACUCCUCAACUUGAUGAACUACUCAAAUGGACAACUAAACAGAAGAAUUUGUAUCUAAUAAUCUAUGAAAGAAACAGAAGAAUUCUUGUGAUAUAAUUUGUUAGACUGUGAAAGAAAUGGGAAAGGAUUUCGUGACUGUUACGGAAGGCUUUGGAGAGAAGAAAAAAAAUCAAGAAGACUUUUCAUCUUACCGAGCCUACCACCUUUGGACACUCAAAUAAAUCAAACUCACAAAUGAUGCUUAAAGACCCAAAGAACACGUCACAGACUGUCUACGAUUCAUGGGCAAGCUCCAGCGGCUCUACUCAGGUUAGGGAAAUUCAAAUCCUUGUUUAGAGUUGUGUUGAACUCUCAAAACAACCUACACAGAAGAAGGCAGUUUACACCACUGUCAGCCUAUAUAUUUAGAGAGAGAUAUAGAGUGCAGUAACCUGGCUUUUAAAUGGUGCAGAGUGGAAGGUUAGGGGAUGGGGGUUCAGACUAUACAGCAUUUGUACAACAUACUGGCGUGCAUCAGUUGACAUGUCUUAUACUGUAGUGAGAGAUAUAGAGAGAAAAUAUAGAGUUUACUAAACCUGGCUUUCAAAUGGUGCAGAUUGGAAGGUUAGGGGUCGGGGGUUCAGACUACACAGCCUUUGUACAAAAUAUUGGCGUGCCAUCAGUUGACAUGUCUUAUACUGUAGGAGGUAACGAACAUACUGCAUAUUCUGCUCCAUAUCACCACAUACCUAGAAAGAAGAAAAAAAGAACAAUGUGAUGUUCACAUAUUAACUAUGUCUAUAAAUAUUAAGUAACAUGCCGCCCUUCCUUGAACAAUUUGUACAGACUACAGAGUCACUGAUGCAAUCACCUGACCGUAUGCAAAUAUGGCCUUUUACUGGCAGCUUAAAAUUAACUUCUACAAUAUCCUUUAUUCACUUGUACAACUUAAAUUCACUACAUAAACUUCCACCCUCUGUGAUCUCACAACCUUCAUCAAAAUAACUUGAAAUACUCGAGAAGUUCUCAGCUGUUUGACAUUAAUCAGCAAUAUAUUUACUAGUGUGUUCUGCCUGCAAUAUCUACAGAUUACCCUGUGUACCACUCAAUGUAUGAUGACUUUACCUGGAUGGAGAAGUUUGGUAAUCCUAUGUUUCACAGACAUGUUGCAGGUAUGAAACUUGAGCAACUAGACUUUCAAAAACAAAACUUCAUGGAAUUAUUCUCUAGAGGAAAAUGACAAGUUGAAUUCAUCCUAAAAGUUGCCCCACAAAAACAAACAAUAACAAUAGUCUCAUUUAGUAUGCAACAUCAUGCUGAAUCCUGUAUCUCAACCUGAAACUUCAAUUUUCACUUAGCAGUUGCGAGCAUUUGGGGCUUUCUAGCUCUUCAGUUUGCAGACAAUGAAAUUUUGCCUUUCAACUAUCUUUCCUAUGCCGAAAAGCUUUGGGUAUAGCUCUCAUGAACUUGUACCCACCCAUUACAGAACUUGAGCAAUUGUCUAUCAAUGAAAAAUUAAGCGACUAAGCGUGCAUUGAUUUAUAAAUGAUUUACAUGUAUUGCAUUUAUGUGCAACAGAAAAGCACAAAUAAGUUGGAAGAUGAGAUAUCAAAUACAACACUUGCUCCCUUGCUCAAGUCUGUUGAUGCACUAACAAAAGCAGCCACAAACACAAACAAUGAGAAAACAUAAGAUAAUUCUUUCAUCCAAAAAAAUGUAUAUGAUAAAAGUUCCCACAAGUAAAGAUUGACAAUAAUAAUGCUGAAGAAGGAUCAACUCACACAGUAAUCUUGCCAUCUAUAGGCAAUUGAAGAAGACAUAUGGCGGACUUCACCACCGAAGACAGACUUUGCAAGAGUGAGAGCAAUAAAUGACAGACUAAUGAUGGCUGAGCGAGCAUUUACUAAUACAGAGGGGCUAUCUGGAAGGCCAUGGUAGAAGCAUUUGGUAUGUGUUUCUGUUUCACCACCAAGUGCAUAUCCAAAUUUAUAUCAACCCUUUUUAAGAAUCAUUUCUACCACAUAAUAAUGACAGUCCAGCCUAGAGGUAAAGGUAGAUGAAACAUGAAUCAAUCCUAGUGUCAAACUUUGGAACCAACAUUGAAUCCUAGUUUCAAACCUUGGCAUUCAUAAAUAAAAUGCAAUACUGACAGGAACUCUAUCCUGACAUGUCAAGCUGACAUGCAUAUCUGUAUUUCACAGAUAUAUGCACCUUCCAAGCAUAAUGAUUAUGGAUCAAUGUCGUACCCUUGGAUAGAUGAUGGAAUAGAAAAUGCAAUGACUCAAGAUACAGCAGAAUCAUGGCAGUCAGUGCAGCAUGAAGCCUGAAGAGUUUCGAGAGUUAUUAAACAAGUCGCACAGGUCCUCAGUAGUGCAUUGACAUGAAUUGCAUGGAAAAAAUUCAAUGAGAAUAUGAGACUGCCUGAUGCUACAGAAACAAUGACAGGGCAUUUGUGCUGAGUCUCAUCAAAUCAAACAGUUGCAAUUUUACCUUAAUACAAGUACUUUGUACCCUAGCAAACUGUUGUGGUUACUAAUUAUAUUCCAUCUACAAGAUUCUGGGAAGUUUCUGCCUCUGUAUGCACAAUAUCUUUCAAGUCCUUUCAAAGAGGAAAGGCCACAGAUUAACCACUGUACUGACAGCUCCCCAUAUCUCGCAAGUCAUUACCGUCUCACAACAAUUCUAAUCUAACUCAAUGACCAGUAUGUCCAGCUCCCAUUAAACCACUUCAUGCUGAUCCCAAUCUAAUGCACCCUCAACAAUUCAAUUUCACAUCUGCAAUCAUAGAUAAAUCCUGUAGUCUGUUGUUUACGUAAUCAACAACCUUGGAUCUUAUGUGCCAAGAGCGAAGACUAGUAACAAUCAUCAAAUUAUCAAACUGUAGAUCCUUAGCAACUGAAUGAAAGCACCAACGGUGAAGCCCAACAGGCAACCGGUAACCAUUCACAGUUCACUGGUCUGGUUUCACAAAGAAAACAAACUUUGACACUAUUACAAAAGUAAAUACAGGAUUUUAUGCCAACCACAAAUACCGCAACCCAAGAAAUCAAACAAGCAGAAGAGAAAAUAUAGCAUGCCAUUGAACCACUGGAAUAAUGCAUACCUCGAAUGAAGAUCUUUCCAAUAAUAUCUCCUCUGGUGCCAAAAUUUCCAACUUAUGCUACCACAGGGCCGAAAGGUGAUCUACACUAACCCAUCCCACCAAGCAGUUUCCAUUUCCCCAACAUCGCAUAAUAAAAAAAUAUGGAAAAGAGAGAUAGUACCUGGUAGCGCCCUAUUCCCAUUAUUAAAAAGGUGGGUUUUCAAGAUAAUUCAGGAGAAAAUAGUGAAUUAUCCUUUUUAUUAAAGUUGACAAUGGCCA